CAUUCACUCUAAUCUUGAACUGGUUCAAAAAGACUUUAGAUAGAUAAAAACCUCGACUUUUUUUUUUUUGACAAGGGAUAAAAACCUCGACUUGUUGACCAUAAUAACCUUGUAAAAUUAGUUGUGUGUUUAUAGCACUUUGGUGGACGUGAUGCAAGAAUCUCGGGAUUUUAUACACUGCCUGCCAGCCACACCAUUUAUUGCUAUGAAUUUCAUAUUGUCAACUCUGUAGAGAUAAGCCUCCCUCCUCUUUUAUUACUUGAGCUGCUGUAUUAUUAAAUUAUAAUCCUCUAAUUAAACUAAUAUUUUUAUGGUUUUCUGCAACAUUUGCACGCAAAUGCUGUACAUGUUUUUGACAGCUUUUAGUGUCCAUAUUUAUAAACAAACAAAGUCUCAGUCUCUCUGUCUGUCUGUCUGUCUGUCUCUCUCUCUCUCUCCACCUCUGUGUGUGUGUGUGUGUGUGUGUGUGUGUGUGUGGAGAUGGAAAAGGAAGAGCAGAAGUGGGAGGAAGCAGAGGUGGAACAACAUGAAGAGGAGGAGGAGGAAUCUAGUCUGGUAAUAAGAAAAUCAAGAAACGAGGAUGCCAGCAAAACCACUGAAGAUGUUCAACCAAGUAGUGAUGGAGUUUCCAACAGCAACGGCCACGAAACUCCGCCAGAAAUAGCUGUAAUUGAAGAGCUAAUAACUUCUGAAAUUGAAGAGCCGAAAACAGAGGAGCGUGACGUGGCGGUUCUUGAAAAUGAAUCAGAAGCCAUAAUAAAGGAGGGAGAGCAGAAGAAAACGGAGGAGGAUCUUGAAAAUGGGGAGCACAAACCAGAGAAUCUUGUUUCCUACGACAAAGUUGAAGGAAUAUGGAAGUGUCGAAUCUGCACUUGGACAUAUGGGAAUGGAAGUGUCCAUGUUGAUCAUAUUCAGGAUCAUAGCGGACAAUUACAUAAGCCGAUGAAUGUCAAAACUUUAAAUUUUGUAUCUGGAGGUGUUGAUUCUACGUCUGCAUAUUCUGGAGAAAAUCUAACUGCGAAAGGUCCUGCACCUAAAGAAUUCGACAUCUCAUCUCCCGUGUUCAUUGUUCAGGAUAAUUCUACUUCUGUCAUAAUCAAUAACUACGAGGUAGAACCUUCUCAAGUUUCAGUUAAAGAACGUGGCACAGUUAAAGAGCAUGGCACGAGUUAUGAAAACUCUUCUAAAGAGAUACAAAGUGCAGAGGAUGACCUGAUAAACGGGGAUGAUUUGGAAGUAACAGAUUUUGAUGUUGAAAAGGUAUUACAUGAGCAAAACACACAUGAUUUGUACUGUCCUAAUUGCAAUUCUUGCAUCACAAAGAGGGUUAUUCUUCGCAAAAGAAAACGCCGAAUUCGAAUUUCUGAUGAAGAGUUUAAGCGAACCAGAAUAACAGCUCAAUUACCCAGAGAUCAAGUUCAUUACACAGAUGAUAUAGGUGAUAAUGAUGCUCAGAUACCAGCGGUAGAUGAAGAUGAACGCGGCAGAGGGCCUGAUAUAUUCAGAUGCUUAUCAUGCUUUAGCUUUUUUAUUCCAUGUGGGGACGGGUUCAAGUUGUUCGGAAUAUUUGGAAGGAAAAGUACAAAAGAAAAUAUCCAGAAUGAGCAAGCACCGCGUAUAAAAAAGAACUGGUUUACGUUUGCAUCAAAUCAGCAGGAAACGGCAGUUGAGCAAGCAGGAAGUAGCAUUCAGACAAAUGUGCAAAGAAGUGAUGCUGGAAUCAAAUCAUCGACCGUAGGUGAUCGAAGUGGUAAACAAUCAUUUGUACAAACAGAUCCUUCACCUGCUCAUGUUUCUGAAAGACUUUCUGGGACUGCUGGGAAAAAUGGCACUCGGCAAGGCGGAGAUAAGAUUUUACCUUCUCCAGAGCAAAAAACUUCAAUAAAUGGAAAAGUAGUUGGUGCCGGAGAUAAAUUUGAUAUAAAAGCAACAGAGACAGUAGAUGCUAUAAUGGAACAGUUUGAUGGGUAUACCGGAUAUAAAAAAGAAUCAAAAACUAGCGAAGAAAUCCACGUCGGUCAUCAAAGUGAUCUAUCAAUAACAACACUUCCUGUGAGGGCUCAAGUUACUGAUGGUGCCAUCUCGUAUCCACAGCACGGCGGAUUAAAGUUGCUCGUUUCCCCAAAAAAAGGAUCUCCAACAUUUGACAUUCCAGAGGAAAAGCCAAUAAUACCACAUCAGACAAUGCACUCAGAAGGUCAUAUCUAUCCCAGUGAAGUGACUCAACAAACAAUUACCAAAACUAAAUUUGAAGUCCAUACUGGCGAGUCGCUGAUUUUUGACAAUAUUUCAUCUCUAAGUGGCGCUCCACUUUCACAAGGCAAGGAUACCGUGAUAACUAUAGAUGCACAGACAACGGGGUCCUCUCAAACUGUACAAGGUACAAUCUAUCAGACAGAAACCUCAAAUGUAACUGAACCAGCUCCACAAAUUAGUGUUGCUCCACAAAUUAGUGUUGCUGGUGGGGAAAGAACUGAGGCGAGAAACGAAACUCAAAUCGAAGUGAUUAAAAGCAUAGUAUAUGGCGGGCUAGCCGAGUCCGUUACUAGCCUAAGUGUUGUGUCAUCUGCAGCUGGUGGUGGUGCUGACACAUUGAAUAUCUUAGCUCUGGGAAUGGCCAGUCUCAUUGGGGGGCUGUUUAUCCUUUUCCAUAAUAUUGUGGAACUUAGAUCCGACCGAAUAGAGCAAGUUUCCAACCAAGUAUCAGACCAAAUAAACGAUGAACGAGAUCGCUACAAAGAACUCCUGGGAAGGAGACAGAACUUUCUACUCCAUAUUGUAGUUGCAAUAUUAUCGUACCUCGUAUUUGGCUUAGUGGCUCCAGUUGUUUAUGGCUUCUCAUUCCGCAAAACUGAUGACAAACAGCUCAAGAUUACUAUGAUGGCCGCAGCUUCCCUUGUAUGCAUAGUUAUGCUAGCCAUCGGUAAGGCCUACGUACGUAGGCCCCCCAAGGCUUACGUAAAAUCAGUCACUACAUUUUUUAUUAUGGGGUUGAUGGUCUCGGGGGUCUCGUAUGCUGCUGGUGUAUUAGUCGAAAGGCUUCUUUUGAAGCUCGGUCUGUUCCAACCAAGUUCUGAAUUGGGACCUGAGAUUAGACUGACAGGUGGCGGCUUGGGAUUGGCUUCUUAUUGAUCAGUGAUUUGCAAAAAUUCAUGAUUUGACUUGAAGAGGUAAAUUUAUUUAUCAACAAUGUUUGCAGGUAAGAGGGAGAUUACAAGCAGGACUGUUCAUUUUUUGUCUGCUGUUUAUGGCUCUUUCAUUUUUUGGACACCCUUUUAAAUGUUUCCUGUUUCGGUUUUGUUUCGUGUCUUUUCGUGUAUGAAGGUUGGCAGUUUUGUACGAAGGGGAUUCUUAAAUGACCCUUCAACCGAUCUCAGUUCGGACACCUUAUUAUUGCCAUUUUAUGUUAUGGAUGUCAUCAUGUUUUUUUUUUCUU